AUGGUCAAAAUCACAUUCAAGACCGUACAGAACAAGGUCGCCGACUUGAAGCAAAAGAUCCAAGAGUCCCAGACCUUCCCUGCCGAAAAUCAAAAGCUCAUCUACUCUGGCAAGAUCCUCAAUGAUUCUUCAUCAGUCGAGUCUCUCAAGAUCAAGGAGAAGGACUUUUUGGUCGUGAUGGUCUCAAGACCUAAAGCUGCUCCUGCCGCCGCCGCCGUCCCUUCCACCCCCGCCCCUGCUGCUUCCGCCGCUCCCUCUACACCAGCUGCCCCCGCCCCUUCAUCUGGACCUGCACCCACAGCCCCUGCCGAGACCCCCACGCCCGCCGCCUCUGAAUCCGCUCAACCGUCCGGUUCCGCAGCUCUCGGCACCUCUUUCUUGGCUGGUGACCAGCUGCAAGCUGCUACCGAUGGUAUGGUAGAGAUGGGCUUUGAGCGUGAUUUGGUUGUGCGAGCUCUGAGGGCCAGUUUCAACAACCCUGACCGGGCCGUCGAGUACCUCAUGUCUGGAAACAUUCCCAACCUGGAUCCCCCCGCGCCUGCUGCUCCUGCCGCUGCCCCCGCUGCUGCCCCCUCCGCCCCAUCAAUCCCUGCCGCCGCUGCCCCUUCAGCUCCUGCUGCCCAGCCCGCUGGACAACCCGCUGCCGAGGCCCCUGCCGCCGGAAGCGCCGACAACUUGUUCGCUGUAAUGAACCGUGACCGAGGAGCUCCCGCUGGUGCCGGGGCUGGAGCUGGAGGUGCGCCUGGUGGCCAGCUCGACGCUAUCCGACAGAUGAUCCAGCAAAAUCCCGCCCUCAUCCAACCACUCCUUCAACAGAUCACCGCUGAGAACCCCGAGCUCGCUCAACUUAUUCAGCAAAACCCCGAAGCGCUUUACCAACUCCUUGGUGGCGCUGGAGAUGGAGAUGAUGAUGAUGAGAUGGGAGAAGGACCUGUUAUGAGGGUGGACUUGACGCAGGAGGAGGCUGCUGCUCUCGAGGCUCUUGGUUUUGACAGGCAAAUGGUCCUUCAGGCCUACAUGCUCUGUGACAAGAACGAGGAAUUGGCCGCCAACUUUUUGUUUGACCAGACCGACGAGGAUUAA